GCUAAAAUAUGUUGUGAACUCUGAUUUGUUUGGUAUUUGGCUCUGUGAGCGUUUUGCUUGAUAGGUUUCGACGAAGAUUGCUGAGUUCAUGGCUUUUCGUUUCGGAGGAAGACAAAUGGCUGGUAGGGCUUUGCUUGGAGCAUCCACACAAUUAAGGGGAUACUGCCAGAAAAUCUCUCCCACAGAAUCCUCUCGUAGUGAAAAAGAUGUUAGAGCUUGUAUUGCGGGUGGACUCGUAGCUUUUUUGUUCUACUCGUACUGGUUACGCAACGAAGCUUGGAAAAUUAAAGAGAGGAGCACACUCUUGACUACUACACCACACAGUCAGUCAUUUGUCAUUCGUAAAGGAAGAAAGGUUGAUCACCAUGUUUGGUGUCACCAGGAAGAGCAGAAACUUUUCCCUACUGGAUGUGAAAAGCUACUUAAAUUGUUUAAUAAACAUCAGUUUAGUGGGAUAACUGUUGUUUGUACCAUGAGUACCCACUAUGAAGAUGGGGAUCAUCAGAAAAUUCUUAAGAAGAAAACAGUCUUGUUGUCAGUCCUUUCAGGAAGUCUUUGAUGAACCAAAAGACUUACCUCCUAAAAUGUGCUCAACCUUUCAAUUUAACUAGGUGUGUGUCGGGUUCUCCAAAACUAGUGUAUAUUUGGAGAAUCUGACAUGGGUGCGGCAUCGAAAGUGAAAAGCCUGCGCAACUACGCUUUUCGAUCAUUGAUGCACCCAGUUGACACGGGUGUGUGUUGGAUUCUCCAAGAAUACACUACUUUUGGGAAACCUAACACCAACCCGUUGACAUUUUUUGAAUAGUCCAAACAACACAAGGUCAUUCCCCUCUAAAAGACAUGUUUCAAAACAUCUUUAAUUAUUCAAUAAACUGAAGGGCUACAGUGGACAACCGACAGAUUGUACAUAAUGUUGAGAAUAUUAAAAGGUGGAACAAUUUUGAGAUCUCCUGCAGCUAAUUGACUCUUGGAACUAUUUUUAGACACACAAAGGAUAUAAUAAUGUGGAAAAAGGUGUGUUUACAACAAUUAAGAGCUGUUGUGAAGAACAAAAUCAUCAUUGGAACAAUUACGGCCAAGUUGGGCAGCAAAGGUUCCAUUUUGACAAAAGUGCAGAAAAGAGGUUUACAAAAAAGUUGAUGGAGUAAAUAACACAGUAAUAAAGUAGUGCAAAAUAAAUCAA